AUGGCUGGAGCACUGGAUAACGCGAAAAAUAGCUUACCAAAAAUAAGAGAUGCCGAAAGAGAAAGCGAUUUCGGUUAUGUUUUCGCUGUUUCUGGUCCAGUCGUGGUCGCAGAACAAAUGAAUGGAUCUGCCAUGUACGAAUUAGUAAGAGUUGGUCAUGAAGAACUUGUUGGUGAAGUCAUUCGUAUUGAUAGUGAUAAAGCAACGAUUCAAGUUUACGAAGAAACUUCUGGUUUAACUGUUGGGGAUCCGGUAUUAAAAACAGGAAAACCUCUUUCCGUCGAAUUGGGACCUGGGUUGAUGUCCAACAUUUAUGACGGAAUCCAACGUCCACUUAGAGCUAUUCGGGAAAUUUCUGACAGUAUUUAUAUUCCACGUGGUAUCUCAACCCCUGCGUUAGACAAAAAAAUCAAAUGGGAUUUUAAUCCAAUUAACUUUAAAAUUGGUGAUCAUAUUACUGGUGGUGAUAUAUAUGGCAAAGUUUUCGAAAAUUCCUUAUUGAAUGAUCAUAGUAUAAUGUUACCACCAAAGGCUCUCGGUACAAUCACGGAUAUUGCCGAAAAAGGUUCAUAUUCUUUGGAGGAUAUCAUACUUGAAACCGAAUUCGAAGGACAAAAAUCCAAGCAUACUUUGUUGCAACUUUGGCCUGUUCGAUCGCCUCGUCCUGUCACAGAGAAAUUGGCAGCUAACUACCCAUUAUUGACUGGUCAACGCGUUUUGGACGCUCUUUUCCCUUGCGUUCAGGGCGGCACCACCGCUAUUCCUGGAGCUUUCGGUUGUGGUAAAACAGUUAUUUCACAAUCUUUAUCAAAAUAUUCUAAUUCCGAUAUUAUUAUAUACGUCGGUUGCGGAGAACGUGGAAACGAAAUGGCCGAAGUAUUAAUGGAUUUUCCUGAACUUAGUAUUAAUGUUGAUGGUCGUCAAGAAUCUAUUAUGAAACGCACAACAUUGGUAGCCAAUACUUCCAAUAUGCCUGUCGCUGCUCGUGAAGCUUCUAUCUAUACCGGUAUUACAUUAUCUGAAUAUUUCCGUGAUCAAGGCAAAAAUGUUGCUAUGAUGGCGGAUUCAACUUCUCGUUGGGCCGAAGCUCUUCGUGAAAUUUCCGGUCGUUUGGCUGAAAUGCCAGCAGAUAGUGGUUAUCCUGCUUACUUGGGCGCUCGUUUAGCCUCUUUCUAUGAACGUGCUGGUAAAGUAACUUGUCUAGGAAAUCCAAAACGUGACGGAAGUGUUACCGUCGUUGGAGCUGUGUCACCACCCGGCGGUGACUUUUCUGAUCCUGUGACGUCAGCCACUCUUGGUAUUGUUCAAGUAUUUUGGGGUUUAGAUAAGAAAUUAGCACAACGCAAGCAUUUCCCUUCUGUCAAUUGGUCUUUAAGUUACUCAAAAUAUAUGAAAGUUUUGGAACCUUUCUAUGAAUCGACCGAACCAGAUUUUAUCUCUAUCAGAGAUAAAACUAAAGAAAUCCUUCAAAAAGAAGAAGAUUUGUCUGAAAUUGUCCAGCUUGUCGGAAAGAGUGCACUUGGUGAGGCUGAUAAAAUCACUUUGGAAAUUGCGAGAAUCAUAAAGGAUGAUUUCUUACAACAAAAUGGUUACUCAAGUUAUGAUCGUUAUUGUCCAUUUUAUAAGACUAAUUGGUUACUUAAGAACAUGAUUGGGUUUUAUAAUGCUGCUACUCACGCCGUUGAAGUUACUAAUAACGAAAUAACGUGGGCUAAAAUCAGAGAUAAUAUGGGUGAUCUUAUGUAUAAACUUAGUUCUAUGAAAUUUGAAGACCCAUCUGAAAGUGAGGAAGUUCUGCGAGAACGUUAUCAACAAUUGCAUACAGAAAUUCAAGAAAGGUUUCGACAAUUACUUGAAUAA